CGAAUUCACUUCCACCAGCGCACAUACACACACAGGCGCAGCUACGUGUGCCAUCUUGCUUUUUCAUCGGAAAAUUUUCCAGAAAUUACGCUCAAAAAUUACGAAAAAAUCGGAACCAAAUGGAGUGGAAAUUUUUUUAAAAUUUAAAUUUCGUGCGAUUACGUGAAAUAAAGUCGAGUUGGGUGAAAAAUUCGCCGCCAAACGAUCGCUGGAGAAUUUUUUCAAUCAAGCCAAAUGGGUGCGAAGCUGACGACGUAAAAAUUUGUGUGUACCAACGAAAGAGCGGAGAAAACGGACGAGGCGAGAGUGCAAAGCGGAGAGACCGAGGAAACACUCGCGCAAGAAGAAGAAGCAGCAGCAACGACGAGAGUUUUCUCUCUGUGAGUCUGUGUUGCGUGCGUGUGCGCGCGCGCGUGUAUUGGGGAAAAAUGAUGGAAAACUACGAGGAAAUUCGCCUGGGCCACAUUAAGGCCAAGGAUCUGGACGACCAGGUGCCAGACGCUCCGCAAUUCUAUCCGCCCCCCAAAUUUGAUUUUGGCGCCGAAAUUCUGGCCACAACGUCGACCGAGGCAGAAUCGGCGGCAGAGGCAGACCUAGCAGCAGCAACAACAGCUACCAGCGAACUAGCUGGCAAAGCAAAUGGUGAAAUCAAAACAAAAACAUUGGCUGCCAGGGAAGAACAAGAAAUUGGCGCCAAAUUGGAGCAAGAAACCAAAAAUCUCGCAAAGCCAUCGAGUGAAAAUGAAGAGGAGGACGAGGAGGAGGAAGAAGACGACGACGAAGAGGAGGACGAUGAGGAGGAGGUCACCGGAACCAGCAACGAGGACGAGGACUCUAGCUCCGACUGCUCCUCUUCCGUAGGUCCCGACUGGAAGCUGCGCUGGCUGCAAAGAGAGUUCUAUACGGGCCGUGUGCCCCGCCAGGUCAUUGCAAGUAUUAUGCCGCACUUUGCCACCGGACUGGCGGCUGACACCGAUGACUCCGUGCUGUGGGACUACCUAGCCCACCUGUUGAACGAGCCCAAGCGGCGCAACAAGCUGGCCUCGGUGAACACAUUCGACGAUGUGAUCAGUUUGGUCAAGAAAUCGCAGAAAAUCAUAGUGCUUACGGGAGCCGGGGUAUCCGUGUCCUGUGGUAUCCCGGACUUUCGCUCCACCAACGGCAUAUAUGCGCGAUUGGCCCAUGACUUUCCCGAUCUACCCGACCCGCAGGCCAUGUUUGAUAUCAACUAUUUCAAGCGGGAUCCGCGACCGUUCUACAAGUUCGCCCGCGAGAUAUAUCCCGGCGAGUUUCAGCCCUCGCCCUGCCAUCGGUUCAUCAAGAUGCUGGAGACCAAGGGCAAACUGUUGCGCAACUACACUCAGAACAUCGACACCCUGGAGCGGGUGGCGGGCAUACAGCGGGUGAUCGAGUGCCACGGCUCCUUUUCAACGGCCUCGUGCACCAAGUGCCGGUUCAAGUGCAACGCUGACGCCCUGAGGGCGGACAUCUUUGCCCAGAGAAUUCCGGUGUGCCCACAAUGCCAGCCCAAUAAGGAGCAGAGCGUAGACGCUUCCGUGGCCGUUACAGAGGAGGAACUUCGCCAGCUGGUCGAGAAUGGCAUCAUGAAGCCGGAUAUUGUUUUCUUCGGCGAGGGUCUGCCGGACGAGUACCACACGGUGAUGGCCACCGACAAGGAUGUGUGUGAUCUGCUGAUCGUGAUCGGCUCCUCGCUAAAGGUGCGACCCGUCGCCCACAUUCCCAGCAGUAUCCCGGCCACGGUGCCGCAGAUCCUUAUCAAUCGGGAGCAGUUGCAUCACUUGAAAUUCGACGUGGAGCUGCUGGGCGACUCCGACGUAAUCAUCAACCAGAUUUGCCACAGGCUGUCGGACAACGACGAAUGCUGGCGGCAGCUGUGCUGCGAUGAGUCGGUGCUUAGCGAGAGCAAGGAGUUGAUGCCUCCAGAGCACUAUCAUCAUAAUCACCAUCAUCAUGCUAGCCACCACCUUCACCACCACCGCCACUGCAGUUCGGAGAGCGAGCAGCAAUCGCAACUGGACACUGAUACGCAAUCCCUCAAGUCCAAUAGUUCGGCGGACUACAUUCUGGGCUCUGCUGGCACCUGCUCGGACAGUGGCUUUGAGUCCUCUACAUUUACGAGUGGCAAGCGUUCAACUGCCGCCGAUGCAGCAGCCAUUGAACGCAUUAAAACAGACAUACUGGUGGAGCUGAAUGAGACAACCGCCCUCAGCUGCGAUCGCUUGGCUGUCGGAGCCCCGUCAACAACGGUUGAGAGCUACCGCCAUCUUUCCAUCGAUUCCUCCAAGGACAGCGGCAUCGAGCAGUGCGACAACGAAGCCUCUCCCAGCUAUGUGCGUCCCAGCAAUCUGGUUCAGGAAACGAAGACAGUGGCGCCCAGUCUUACACCCAUUCCGCAACAGAGGGGAAAGCGACAAACAGCAGCAGAGCGUCUGCAACCUGGAACAUUCUAUUCCCACACCAACAACUAUUCGUAUGUGUUUCCAGGAGCUCAGGUUUUCUGGGACAACGAUUACAGCGAUGACGACGACGAGGAGGAAGAAAGAGGCCACAAUAAGCACGGUGAUCUCUUUGGCAAUGUGGCGGAUAACUACAAUGAUGAAGAUGAGGAUGCCUGUGAUCUGAAUGCCGUUCCAUUGUCACCAUUGCUCCCGCCAUCGCUGGAGGCUCACAUAGUCACCGAGAUUGUUAAUGGAGUCGAUGAACCUGUCUCCAACAGCAGUCCCGGCCAGAAGAGACCCGCCUGCAUUCUAGAACAGCCGCCAACAGCCAUCCCAACUCCCGCAAUUGAAAGGGAAACUCCGCCUCUGAAGAAGCGGCGACCUAGCGAGGAAGAUGGGCAGCAGUCCCAAAUAGAAAGUUCGGAGGAGAGUCCGCCUCCAGGACAGUUAGCAGCUGUGUAAACAUAAUUUUAUCCCUGCUAAAAGUGUAGUAUUUAUUUUAAACGCAAUUUAAACCAACUUGUAAACAACAGAAACAAUGUCCAGAGAAGCUGCGAAAUCAAAGCAGAGGGCCAUGUUACCAAUUUCAUUCCCAAGAAUUGUAGUGGAAUCGGAAUUGAUAGGUUUAACGUUUACUUGUAUUUGUUUUAAAAAUGAAACUUCUAUUCCGGUUUUACGAAAUUAUUGAAGGAACGAAACCGGAACUAGAACAACUAGUUUACUGAACUCGAGGCUUUAGACAUCUGACCCUCGUUGCUUUACAACCACUUUACGAUCCUUCCGUUUUGAUAUUUUUGGAAAAGCUCUUAGUUUAUUUAUUAUCUCUCUUCAAAACGAAUCGCUGUAAAUGUUAGUAUUUUAUUACACUAAGUUGUUAUUGAGGCCUUUUUAGAUAAACGAGAAUGAUAAGCGGAAAGUUAAAAAUUCUCUAAAAAGCAUGGUUUCUUUGUAUUCAAAGAAAAGCUACGCCUCAACUUUAAACCUAGGUUUAAGCGUAAAAUAUUUAUAACUAUGCAACUACAACCGCAAAAAAA